AGCUUGAAAUAGGGAAAUCCAUGAUAUACAUGUUUAGUAGAUGACUUGGCAGUAAGCAUAGAAAGAUGAUUGGCCCGUCGAUAUAGUUAAAUCACUUGAAGAAAAAAAAAAAUAAUAAACGAAUAUUGAAAGUAAAAGAUUCAUGUUCUCUUCAUAAAAGGGUUGCUAUUUUGGUUAUUUUAUGGAGGAAAAAAAAAAAAAACCUUGGCUAUGGUUAUUUUCUCUUCAAAAAAAAAAUAUUUGAAGGGCGUAAUUUGAUAAAUUAUGGGUCGGGUCGGUCCUUUUAUACGAUAUUUAUUAUUUAUAACGGUUGCAUGGGAAGAUCCUCGUUCGUGAUUACCAAAUACAACCUGCAAUUGAUUUCGAGGGUUUAGGGUCUAGAGUCUAGACGAAUCGAUUUGGGGCUCCCUCUUUCGCAUCCAUUCUCCAUACCUUGUUCAGGCGAUCUCCAUACCUUGUUCAGGCGAGCCAACCUCCGGCGGCGACAGACCAUUCUACUUCAGCGACGCAGAGCCCUUCUCAGGCAAUAGUUCUUUGAUUUGGGUUUCUUGAAGGUUUUAGUAUUUGUUUAUUUCCCCUAGAAAUAUCAUAUCGAUAGUUUAUCAUUGAUCUUGAUGAUGAAUUUGUUAACUAGUGUUCUGAAGUUACAACAUAUUGGCGCAAGUGUUUGAGGAUAGUAAACAUAAUAUAUUCCCUUAGGUUUUAUGAUUUCAAGUGCUCAAUGGAUAUUCUAAAAGAAUUCAAACUGAUCAAAUCAAUCAUAUCUAAGAUCGUCAUAUCUCUGUGUGAUAUUCUAGAGUUGUUUAGUUGAUUAUUAUCGUGAUUUAACACAACCUCUGUUUCAAGAAUUGUUUAGAAACCAAAUCUUGCAUGCGUAUUAAACUAUUAAUCGACUACUAAGAGCGAAUUUGGAGCUCAAGGAUCUCUGAUCAUAUUAGGGCUCUGAAGCAGGUUGUUAACGUUUUGGGGAUGUAGCAUUGACUGAUCUAUUGUUCGACAGUUUUCAUAAAACAGAAAUCCCUUUCUGUUAUCUCUAUUUUCUCAUCUUAAAUAUCAAAUGUGACAAUUAAUGAAACCCUUUUUGGUGUAUGUUUCUUAUUUAUAGGUGGUGUUUUAGAUGAGUGUGAUGUAUGAUGAUUCACAGGUGAACUCAUCCAGCAGUAAUGAUUUUGCUGCAGUUCUGGAUACAGAGUUGGAUUCCACAUCUGACACUUCUCCUGAACAAAAAGAAGAUGCCAAUGAGACAUAUGAUCAUAUGGAUAUAAAUAGGACAAAAAGGCAAAAGAUCGAUGAUGUGUUAGAAAAUGUAGAAACAUCAAUGAAGAAGGACAUAUGCACACAUCCUGGUACUAUUGUAGGAAUGUGCUUCAAGUGUGGAGAAAAAAUGGAUAAAAAAAUCGGUGUUGCAUUUAGGUACAUACACAAGGGUCUAAGGCUUACUAAGGAUGAGAUCACUCGUUUGCGUGAAAGAGAUUUAAACAAUCAAUUUAGCCAAAAAAAGCUAUGCUUGGUUCUUGAUUUAGAUCACACCUUACUUCACUCCACUCAAAUUACCGAUUUAACCCAAGAAGAAGGAUAUUUAAUGAACCAAAGUGAGCAUACACAAGAUGCAUUAAGAGAGAGUCUCUUCAAACUAGACUCCAUUCAAAUGUUAACAAAGUUAAGACCUUUUGUUCACACUUUCUUGAAAGAAGCAAGUGAACUCUUUGAAAUGUACAUUUACACUAGGGGAGGAAGAGCUUAUGCUCUAGAAAUGGUUAAUCUGCUUGACCCUAAAAAGGUUUACUUUGAUUCAAGAGUGAUUGCUCUAACUGAUUGCCCUAAAAAGCAUCACAAAACCCUUGAUGUGGUUCUUGUUCAAGAAACUGCUGUUCUAAUUCUUGAUGAUACAGAAAGAGUGUGGGGGAAGAAGGACAAGGAGAAUCUUAUUUUGAUGGAAAGAUAUCAUUUUUUCGCUUCAAGUCGUAAAGAAUUAAGAUGCAGAGGUUAUAAAUCAUUAUCUGAAUUGAAAUUGGAUGAAAGUGAAGUUGAUGGAGCUCUUGCAAGAAUUUUACAAGUGCUCAAGCGAAUCCAUCAUAUGUUCUUUGAUUUGGAACUUGGAGAUGAUUUCACAGGCCGAGACGUAAGACAGGUGUUGGGGACAGUUCGUGGUGAAAUCUUGAAGGGGUGUAAGAUUUUUUUCUGUCGUGUGUUGGCAACAGAAUUUCAUCGGUUAUGGAAAAUGGCAGAGAGAUUAGGGGCUAAAUGUGUGACAGAUGUUGACAUGUCAGUGACACACGUCAUUUCCGUAGAUGGUGGACAUGACAGGUGUCGUUGGGCGGCUCAAGAAAACAAGUUUUUGGUUCAACCAAGGUGGUUGGAAGCCGCAAAUUACUUGUGGAAGAGGCAACCCGAGGAGAUAUUUUCUGUGAUUGUAAAGGAAAUCAAAGAGAACACGUGAUGUUUUUGUUUUUCUUUUGUUUUUUUUACAAGGAUAUUUGUAUUAUGUAGUGAUCAUUGAUGUAUAAUGGAGUCGUUUUGAUCAGAAAUCGGUGUAAAGAAGUAUUAGAGUUAACACUAUUAGAUUUGAUUAUUCUUCUGUUGAUGUCGAUGUUAUUCGCAUGAGUAAUGCUUCAUUGUUUUGUAUUUGGUUAAAUACUAAAUGGUUAAUGCAUGAAGCUUUUUAACAUAUGAAAAA